CUUUGCUUCCUCUUAGCCCCCCCUCCUUUUCCAAUACUUGGGUUGCACACACACACGCACACAUACACACACACAAAAUCUCUCUCUGGCAACGUUGUAGCCUCUCCUCCCCCCCCCGGUUGUGCAAUGUAGUUGCCUUGUUAUUAAUUUAUUAUUAUUAUUUUUAAAAAAGAAUUGUCGCUAGGAAGGAAGGGAAGGAAGAGAAGCGCGAGAAGAGGAGAGAGAGAGAGAGAGGCAGAGCGAAGAAAGAAAGAGGAAGAGGAGGAGGAAAAAUUAAAAAAAAAAUCAAACAAGGACGCAGGAUUGCAAAGAAUCGACGGCGGCUCCCAGGAGGACGAACUUUAAAGCUGAGGGGGACUGAGAUUGGCAUCGGGGCUGUAUGCUGAGAAUGUGCUUGCCCUCCUUUUAGGGGGAGGGAGGUUGCCUGGUUUUUCUCCCCCCCCCCCGCACUCCCCGCCGCCUUUUUGUUGUUGUUGUUCGAGAGAGGCCCUUGAGCCAGCCAGCCUGUUCUUGGGAGAUCAGCUGUCUUUGGAGGCGCUCCGAGGAGCCAGAGGCAGAGAGAGGAGAAGGCUUCUUUUAUUAAACCUCAUCACAAAUUCCCAACGCAUCUGGAUUUGCACAGACAAGGGGAAUACCAUGAACUGAAAAAGCGGCAACAAACCUUUUUUUGUGCUUAGUUUUUUAUUUUGUGAUUCUCUACUUUUUUUGUUUUUUCAAAACGAUUUUUUGGAUGACAGCACUUUGAAAAACAAGGUGUUUUCCUUUUUUUUUAAUUUUUGGAAAUUAAAAAAUUAAGCCGCCCCAUACCGUGAGGAUCUCCGGAAAAGAUGGGGAGAAAAAAGAUCCAGAUCCAGAGGAUUACGGACGAGAGGAACCGGCAGGUGACAUUCACCAAGCGGAAGUUUGGGCUGAUGAAGAAGGCCUAUGAACUGAGCGUCCUCUGCGACUGCGAGAUUGCCCUGAUCAUCUUCAACCACUCAAACAAGCUGUUCCAGUAUGCCAGCACCGACAUGGACAAGGUCCUCCUCAAAUACACAGAGUAUAACGAACCUCACGAGAGCCGGACCAACGCGGAUAUCAUUGAGACAUUAAGAAAGAAAGGUUUUAAUGGUUGCGACAGUCCAGAACCCGACGGGGAAGACUCCAUUGACCAGAGCCCUCUGAUGGAAGACAAAUACCGUAAAGCCAGCGAGGAUCUUGACAUCCUGUUCAAGCGCUACGGUGCGCUGAACAAGAAGCAUAGAGAGUGUGAGAGCCCUGACGGGGACGACGUGUUUACGUUGACGCCUCAGACGGAAGAGAAAUAUAAAAAGAUUGAUGAGGAGUUUGAUAAAAUGAUGCAGACUUACAGGCUCACAUCUGCAGUUCCAGCUCCAAAUUUUGCCAUGCCUGUUACGGUUCCAGUGACCAACCAGAACACGCUGCAGUUCAGCAACCCAGGAGGCACCUUAGUGACCCAGUCCCUCGUGACCUCCUCCUUGACUGACCCGCGCCUCCUCUCACCACAGCAACCGACCCUCCAGCGAAACACAGUCUCUCCGGGCCUCCCGCAGAGGCCAGCCAGCGCAGGGGCAAUGCUUGGAGGAGACCUCAACAACACAAAUGGAGCCUGCCCGAGCCCAGUAGGGAAUGGUUACGUCAGCGCCAGAGCCUCCCCGGGUCUCCUUCCCGUGUCCAAUGGCAACAGCCUAGGCAAGGUCAUCCCAGCAAAAUCGCCGCCACCACCCUCCCACGGCACUCAGCUGGCUGCCAACAACCGCAAACCAGACUUGCGCGUCAUCACCUCACAGAGCGGAAAGGGUCUCAUGCACCAUUUGCAAAACACGCAGAGGCUGAUGGUCUCCCAGGCGACUCAUUCUCUGACCACACCGGUUGUUUCGGUGGCGACUCCAAGCCUCCUGACCCAAGGCUUGCCCUUCUCAGCGAUGCCGACAGCGUACAACACAGACUACCAGUUGACCAGUGCAGAUCUCUCAUCCCUCUCAUCGUUCAGUUCACCCACUGGUCUGUCUCUGAGCAACAUUUCUGCUUGGCAGCAGCAACAGCAGCAGCAACAACAGCAGCAGCAGCAACAACAGCAGCAGCAGCAGCAGCAACAACAGCAGCAGCAGCAGCAACAACAGCAACAGCAUCUGGUUCCUGUAUCACUAAGUAACUUAAUACAAGGAACCCACCUUUCCCACGCCAGCACCUUGACCGUCAACACCAACCCCAACAUCAGUAUCAAGUCGGAGCCUGUUUCACCCAACCGGGAACGCAACACGGCCACCCCGCUCUCCUCCUUCCCUCACCAGGCCCGGCAUGAGCCUACGGGACGUUCCCCCGUCGACAGCCUCAGCAGCAACGCCAGCUCCUACGAGGGCAACGAGCGGGAAGAUCAGUCCCGGGCCGACUUUGGCUCCUCUCUCGGCCUCCUGAGACCCACCGCCGAGGCCGAGGGGGAGAACCCGUCCGUGAAGCGCAUGCGGUUGGACGCUUGGGUGACAUAACUGCCUCCCCCGGUGGCCCAGCGCCCUCCGUCAGAGCUGGUUUCCGCUCUCCUGCGUGUGUGUCUGGGGGGGCGGGGGAGGCAGUGGUU